ACGUUUUGUCUGGCAAAUGAAUUCGAACUCGAAAGAUGUGGAGAGGAAGCCAAGUCGUUCAGGCUUAGGUGGAGAAACAGUGGCCAGACCAGAAAACGCUAGGCUGAAUGCCACGCUCUUGGAACUACAUUUCCCACAAAGCGGGACUACAACUCCCAUGAGCCCCCGAGAGUGCCCGGGAGACGCAAACUGACAGUUUCCUGUCUCGCGAAAAGCCUCCUCGCAGACACCGGAAGCCAUUUUUCUUUGAAAGAGCAAACUAUCUCUGCUAUCACUCUUCUGUCUUCGGACGUUAAAACUGACAAGCCGCAGCUUGUAGAUGUUCCUCACUGGAGUAGAAUCAUCGAGAACAAGGAGAUCCAAUUUAAGGUGGUGUGGACCCCACAUGAUGCACGUGUUCCUGGGGUUGUCUUGUCAUGGCUGAAAACGACACUGACAGAACCCAGACUGACAGACUCCUAAAAAGAGUACAAGAACUGGAGCAGGAGGUACAAAGACUUAGAAAAGAACGGGCCAACACCAAGGAUUCGAAUAUCAGAGAAAGCUCUUCGGGAGCCGGGAAGGCUAAGCGUGCGUUUGAUUUCAGCGCUCACGGGCGGAGGCACGUAGCCCUGAAGAUAGCCUAUCUGGGCUGGGGAUACCAGGGCUUUGCCAGCCAGGAAAACACAAACAAUACAGUUGAGGAGAAACUGUUUGAGGCUCUGACCAAGACUCGACUAGUGGAAAGCAGACAGACAUCCAACUAUCACCGGUGCGGGCGAACAGACAAAGGGGUUAGUGCCUUCGGUCAGGUGAUUUCUCUUGACCUUCGGUCUCACUUCCCAAAGGACAGGGAUUCAGAGGAUUUUAACGUAAAAAACGGAGUCAGCGAUGCUGCUAAAGAGAUCCGUUAUACUCACAUCCUCAAUCGCGUGCUGCCUCCAGACAUCCGAGUGCUGGCCUGGGCCCCUGUGGAACCUAGCUUCAGUGCUAGGUUCAGCUGUCUGGAGCGGACGUACCGCUACUUUUUCCCUCGAGCAGAUUUAGACAUUGUGACCAUGAACUGUGCGGCUCACAAGUAUGUUGGCACACACGACUUUAGGAACCUGUGUAAAAUGGAUGUAGCUAACGGAGUGAUUAAUUUUCAAAGGACUAUUCUGUCUGCUGAAGUGAAGCUCGUGGGCCAGAGCCUGGCUGAGGACGGAUGGCAAGAACCUUUCCAGUUAUGUCAGUUUGAAGUGACUGGCCAGGCGUUCCUUUACCAUCAAGUCCGCUGCAUGAUGGCGGUCCUUUUUCUAAUUGGCCAAGGAAUGGAGAAGCCAGAGAUUAUCGAUGAGCUGCUAAACGUAGAGAAAAAUCCCCAGAAACCUCAAUACAGUAUGGCUGUAGAAUUUCCUCUGGUCUUAUACGACUGUAAGUUUGAAAAUAUCAAGUGGAUCUAUGACCGGGAGGUUCAGGAGUUCAAUGUCACCCAUCUGCAGCAACAGUGGGCAAAUCAAGCUGUGAAGACUCACCUGCUGUACAGUAUGCUGCAAGGCCUCGACUCCGUUGCAGUGCCCUGUGGGACAGGAACAGAGGCGGAAGGAGUGAUAGAAUGGAGAAGUGUUAAGCCCCCUGUCAUAAAGCACACCAGUGCCUUUGUAGAAGGGGUGAAAAUGCGCACAUACAAGCCCCUAAUGGACCGUCCCAAAUGCCAAGGACUGGAGUCCCGGAUUCAGCAUUGUGUACGUAGGGGACGCAUCGAGUACCCGCGCUUAUUCAACGAGACAGAAACAAAAGCCAAAAGGGAAUGUAACGACACACUAGAGGAAGAAAAUACUGCUUUGGAGAAACCAACAAAGAGAGUCUGUGUUGAUGCGGAAAUUAAAAGCAUCAUUUAACCACAGGAAACUCACCAGGAUCUAGGAGGCAACAACUAGCUAACGAUAGGUGCGUAGGAAGGAAAUACAGUAUUUACUGCAGUGAGUCCUAGAAUUCAAAUGAUCAGCUCUUAAAAAAAAAAAAAGGGAAACCGAAAAGAUCACAGGCCCCACUUCAGGAAGUUCUUGCCUGAAAAGCAGAUCAAUUCUCUCGUUCCUGUCCAAAGGGAUUCAGAGACGGAAGAAGCAAGUGUGAAGUGGAGAUUGUUUACACACACCGAAACCUGGGCCCUGUGUGCAGUGUGUUAAAGCGCGCCUGCAAGUGUCUACUUUGCCAUGCUAUCCUUUUAAAAAGCAAGUAAGAUGUUCACUACCCAUGUGAGUUUGCAUAGAGAACACUGCCUCAGUGUCUUAUUUUCUAGGACAAAUUAAAAAAAUUAAAUUUAGUCAGUUAAAAGAUUUUACUUAUUUAUUUUUCAGAGAGGGGAAGGGAGGGAGAAAGAGAAGAAGAGAAACAAUGUGUGGUUGCCUCUCACACACCCCUACUGGGGACCUGGCCCACACCCCAGGCAUGUGCCCUGGACUGGGAGUUGACCCUUUGAUUCACAGGCUGGCACUCAACCACUGAGCCACACCACCCAGGGUUCAGUCAGUUCAAUAUUUGAUAAAUUGGUGCAGUGCCAGGCACAAUACUAGGUGACAGUGACCUCAGUGAGGUACAGCAUCUCCUACAAAGCCUAGCAGUCUGGUGCUGUGUGAGCCACAAGUGGUCUCUGCUGCGUGUUUUUUCUCCAACCUUUUACACACGUAAAAAACAUGGUUGGCCCACAGGCCAUGGAGUUUGCCAACCCCUGGUCUAGUGGUUUAAGGAAAGCUCUCACAGAACCUAAGCUAAAGCUUGCAGAGCAGAUGGGAGCCAGCUGAAGUGGAGACAGAGCAGCAGGGCUUUAACGUAGCUCAGGCAGAGAUGCAAUUUGUGUAAAGAUGACCACAUUGCUUUCAGGUAACUGUAAAUGUGUAGUAUGGUUUGAGAGUGACAACAGCAGUCUAGAAAGGUAAGCAAGGGUCAUGUCUGUAGAGCCUUGCAGGCCUUCCUAAAAAGGCUUAGGUUUUUAUCUUGAGGCACCCCUGAAAAAAAAAAAAUUAGAAGCCAGAAUUGCGCAGUGUAUACUGUGGACCAAAAGAAGAGGGCAAGCUAGUGGGACCAAGUGGAGGCUGUUGGAGUAAUCCUGAAAGUAAUGGCCUAGACUAGAUCUGUUGUAAAAGGAACAGACAGGAGUACAGGAAUUUGAGAUUAGGAAAGGGUCAACAGGGCUUGUGGUGAAUGAAUGGGAGGCUCAAGAAUAAGGAGGCUUUCAGAACUUCCAGGUUUCAGAUUUGAAGCCCAUCUGAAACAGCAACAUGGAUGGACCUGGAGAAGACUAUGCUAAGUGAACUGUCAAACAGAGAAAGACAAAUGCCAUGUGACUUCACUUACAUGUAGAAUCUAAAGAACAAAAUGAACAAACCAACAAAGCAGAAACAGACUCACAGAUGCAGAGAACACACUCAGGGUUGCCAAAUGGAAAGGGGUGGGGAGACUGGGUGGAAAAGGGGAGGGACUAAGAAGCUACAGAGCAGUCACAUGGAUGUACAGGGAAUGCAGACAAUAAAACUGGAAUAACUGGUGCCAGGUGGGUACCAGAAUAAUCAGGGGGUCACUUGGUAAAUUAUACCAUUGUCUGACCACCAUGCUGUACACCUGAACAAAUAUAAUAUUGAAUGUCAACUGUAACUGAAAAAUAAAAGUAACAAAUCAUUCCUGAUUUUUGAAAAUCAACUCUGAAGAAACGAUACAUGGAACAAAAAGCACUAAAAAGUCAUGCUUGGGAGUCUGCAGAUGCAAAGAGUAGAGGAUCGGGGCUUAAUCUCCUUCAGGUUUACCUAGGUUACACUGUCAAAUCUAGAGUCAGAUUUUAGUGGCAUCAUCCUUGGUAGUUAACGACAGAAAACAACUCAGGACAACCAUCAUGGAAGAAGCAAGCGAGAAGUCCCAAAAUUUAACUUUGCCAAUUACUUCACUGAUGUGAGGUAAUAUUUAUAUAAAUUCCCCAGGCUCUGAGCACGGUAGGGACCAAAUGUCAGAAGUAGGGCUUACAUCUUACUUUCUCCACUGUAAAGCGGAAGGAAUUAUUUCAAUAGGUUUUGAACUGUAAAUGAGAUUUUAUUUGUCAAUAAAUAUAUAUAAACAAAA